AUGGCUGAGGACAACGGCGGUCUUCCCGGCGGCGAGGUCCCUGCCGCUGGAACGGAACACCUGAACAUCAAGGUGACGGACAACCACAACGAGAUCUUCUUCAAGAUCAAGCGCACUACCAAGCUCGAGAAGCUUAUGACGGCGUUCUGCGACCGCCAGGGUAAAUCCAUGACGGCUGUGCGAUUUCUCUUCGAUGGAACGCGAGUCCAGCCGUCCGACACGCCUGACAAUCUUGAAAUGGCGGACGGCGACACGCUCGAAGUUCACCAGGAGCAGCUCGGCGGUGCUGGCUUUUAG